GGGUGAAAUUCCUUGGCAAUAUUCACCCCUCUUAGGGAAAGAAAAGCAGAAUAGCAAGGCAGAGUGAGAAGAGAUGAACAGCAACAGACAGACUGACUGACUCCUUUGGCUCCCAGAYUGAAAAUGCUGGAAGUGCAUUUUCCUUGGUAGUUGCUGUACAUCUGAGUAUUUAGUCUAACAUGAAGGUGCUGGAGAUUUUUCUGUUGCUGGAAGUUUCAGGUUUCUUUCCCAUUUUUUCCAGCCAUUCCCCUCCAGUCCAUUGCCGCUGGAAUUCUUUUGGCCCUUGGUCCGAAUGCAAUGGCUGUACUCGAAAACAGAUUCGGAGACGGACAGUGGCAGUUUAUGGCCAGUAUGGAGGAAACCCCUGCUCUGGGGAUGCCUUUGAAACAAGAUCAUGCACCCCCAAAAGGGGAUGUCCCACAGAAGAUGGCUGUGGUGAUCGGUUCAGGUGUUUCUCAGGUCAGUGCAUUAGCAGAUCCCUAGUGUGCAAUGGUGAUCAGGACUGUGAGGAGGAUGGUGCAGAUGAAGAUCACUGUGAAGUGAAAAAAACCGUAUGUGAUACUGACAGAACACCUCCAAAUUCGGAACUUACAGGAGCAGGCUUUGAUAUUAUUACUGGUGAGACUAAGGGAAGAGUUAUUAAUACAAAAAGCUUUGGUGGGCAAUGCAGGAAGGUCUUUAGCGGCGAUAAAAGAGAAUACUACAGGCUGAGUGAAAGUGUUCUUGCUUAUAAUUUUCAGGUUAAAAUUCAGAAUGAUUUCAGUUAUGAGCUUUUCAACAGCUCCUGGUCUUACAUGAAACGCACAGAGAAGUAUGAAAAUUCAAACAGCCAAAUUAGGACAGAGAAUGAAAUGGAGCAAAAGAGUAGGCAUCUGAUGGUUAUUGAGAACAGUGUGGAAGUUGCUCAGUUUAUUAACAACCGCCCAGACUUUCUCCCUCUYGCGGAGCCUUUCUGGAAGGAACUGUUUGACCUUCCAAUCGUCUACGAGUACAGCGUCUACCGAAGACUUAUUGAACGUUUUGGGACUCAUUUCUUUCACUCUGGAUCUCUAGGAGGACAUUACAAAGUUAUUUUUUAUAUGGAUACUGAAAAAAUGAAAGCAAAAGGUGUCAGCACAAAAGACUUUUAUGAAUGUACUUCAUCAGGCUGGAAUGCAAUCAUUGUAAGCAAGAAGAAAACAGAAUGCACCAAACUGGACGAACUGCUACGGGCUUCUUCAGGAAGCAGUAGUAAUAAGAUUAAAGGAGACCCUUACAUAGAAGGAGGAAGCCCAGAUGCUGUUGCUAGCCUUAGUUAUCUAGAACUAGAUAAUCCUGCUGGGAACAGUCACAGGUACACUUCGUGGGCUGCAUCAGUGACAGACUAUCCCAGAGUAAUUAAAAAAAAGCUAAUACCACUUUAUGAGCUGGUAAAGGAAGUUCCCUGCUCCUCAGUCAAAAAGCAUUACCUAAAACAAGCCAUUGAAGAAUAUAUGUCCGAAAAUGAUCCCUGCAAAUGUCAGCCUUGCCAGAAUGGUGGUGAGCCGGUYGUGGCAGGAACACAGUGUGUGUGUUACUGCAAGCCUUACACCUUUGGUGCAGCUUGUGAGCUGGGAAUUCUCGUGCAAGAUCAGCCAGGCGUUGUUGAUGGACGCUGGAGCUGCUGGUCUUCCUGGAGUCCUUGUUCAGGGGGAAGGAAAUCAAGGAGUCGAACCUGCAACAACCCCUCCCCAAAUGGUGGUGGGAAGGAGUGCCUGGGAGAACAGCAUGAAAGCAGAGCAUGCGGAGAUGAAGAGUUGGAGUAUCUUCGCUCAAUUGAACCCCACUGUUUUGAUUUAUCCGUAAAUCCUACACAAUUUUGUUCACCUCCUCCUCUCUUAGAAAAUGGAUUUGUUCAAAAUGCUGAAAACUCAUACCCUGUUGGGAAAAGCAUUGUUUAUGCGUGCAAAUAUGGAUAUUCUCUUGUUGGUGAUCCUGUUGCUAAGUGUGGCAGUAAUUUACAGUGGCAAGUUGGAGAGAGAUAUUGCCAGGAAACUGCUUGUCUCCUGCCUGAYCUGGAGGGGGGUUUGCAAGGAGAGCCAUGGAAACCUGUGUACAACAUUGGUGAGAGAGUAACUCUGUCUUGUCCACACGGCAUGCACUUGCAAGGGGCACGCUCCAUUUUGUGUGAGCCCAGCCUCAAGUGGUCUCCUGAUGUGAAGACUAUCCAGUGCAAAAGACCAGUGCCCACUGUGAAGCCAGAAGUGCCAGAAGUGCCAGAGCCUAAAUGUCAGCCAUGGGAGAAAGUACAUCAGUCACAAUGUGUGUGCAAACUGCCCAAUGAGUGUGGUCCUUCCCUGGACACCUGUGCCAUUGAUCUAAGAACCAACAGAACCACAGCUUUAACUGUUUGCAAGAUGCAUGCUUUGGAGUGCAUGGGCAGAAAAUACUCUCUGACUAAUGCAGAAAACUGCAAAAUACCCCAGGCAGCUGAAAUACCAUGUGGAUCGUGCCGUUCAUGGGAAAAAUGCGAUGUGCUAACCAGGACCUGUGUUUGUGAUGGGGCCGGGCCGUGUGAGGAAGGAGGUGUCCAGGUGUGUGCUCAAGUGAGCGACUCUGCUGCCCGUCGGACCCUGACUGAGUGCGAGGCUGGGCUGCUCAGGUGCCGGGGGGAGGCUGUCACCCUCGUCAGCAUACAGCCCUGUGAUGCUACAGAGUAAAUAAGAUAUCUUAACGCUUUAUUUUGCUUAUUGCCAGGGGAUAUGUCAAAAUGUGUCAGCUUGGGUAGGACAUACACUGAACCUUGCUCUGCCGAAUGUAAGCUCUGCUGUGAAAUCCACCACAGCUAAUCAGACUGUGCAUCUGGCCAGCUCUGAAUCCAGGCCCGAGGCUCUUGGUUAGACUGAGAUGCACUUGCCACUGCUGCUCAUACAGAGCUUCUGCUUAGGAGCCAGCCUUACCACUGGCAGAUUUACUUCAUAUUUCCACCAGAAUUAAAAAAAAAUGUUGCUGGAAGUGGAAUUGGCAAAGUUGCUAUUAUACUGAUGAAUUGCCAUGUCUGACACUGUAAAUACGUUUUUCUUAAAGCUACACAAACAUAUGCUUGCACUGAGUGGAUUUAGAUUAGCAAAACAUACAGACUAAACUUUACAGAGUAAAAGGUUUGAUUCUUCCCUUUCAAUAAAACAGCUUAUUUCUACCAUGCACUAUUCAGCUGAGCAAUUUGCACAGAACUGAAGUUCUUGUUGUUCCUGAUGCACUUAAAGGUCAAAACAAUGUGCAUUAAUAGCAGAGCCACAUUAAAGUAAUAAGAACACAUCCGUGCUUGUAGUUUCUCAUACACAGAAACACUUCACAAAAAAAAAAAAAAAUGACCAUUUUACAUUGUCAUUAUUAUUAUUAGUAUUAUCAUGAGCUACACUUGUAAGCGCAGGUAACUCUGUGGCAUUUGCCACAUGCAUUUAUGUUCAGGCCGAGAUUGGCAUCCUUCCAGACCAUUGCACAAAGAGGCCUUCUGCCUUAGCAAAACUUUCUUAAAGGUAGCUUUGAGAAAACUGUUAGGGAAAAUACAUCUUUACAGCAAUGAAGACAUUCUGCAUGCAGUCCCCUUGGAGAUASCACUGGAUAAUCUUCAAAGACUAUUCUUGAAUAAAAGAAGUUUCCUAUAAUCUUUCUUUAUACUAAACAUCCUCUCUGGUGUAGUCAGACAGUGAUAUCUUUACCUACAUAUUGCAAGUCCAUUCAGUUCCCUUGCUGUCCCAUCCCUUCUGACUAUUCUGGGAUGCAGUCCCAUCCCUUCUGACUAUUCUGGGAUGCAAACAAGGACAAAGGGCUGGAUAACAAGUGGGUGCUCAGCCAAGUGCAGUACUAUCACAUGUAUGUUAAGUAUGUAUGCUCUUAAAGCAACAAAUUCUAUUCUUACUAUCAGUAACAUAGUAAGAUGAAACAUCUCUUGAUUAUCAUAUUUCUUYCAGUAGCUUCCUUGCAUAAACCCUACCAUCAGUUGUAAAAGCUUUGCUUUCUGUGAUGCUGGCAAUAAGGAAUAAGCCAGAACAGGAGUGGCUUACUUGGAGAUUCUGGUGGAGGUAGCCAUAUUGGAAGGGAAGGUUGCCACACCCUGACUGAAAGGACCUCCUGACCUUUAUGACCUUUAUGCUGUCUGGAAAAUAACACCAGGUGAUGGGGAUUCUUUUCUUUUUGAGCMAAUAAUUUUUUGUGAAUAGCAUACAAAUGAAAACAAGUAGAAUAAAAUCUAAAUAAAUGUAAUCAACUGU